AUGGUCUAUCGAGGUAUUCGCAUUUGUUCAACACACACAAUGUGUAAAGAAUUUCAGUUUAUAAGACAAAUAGCAGCUAGAAAUGGUUAUCCAACUCAGUUUAUUGAAAAUCAAAUUAGAAAUACUCUGAAUCGAUACUAUGAUAAAGAAAAGAAAAUUAAUCAACAGAUUAUUCCUAUCAAAAUUAAAGCGGUCGACAUUGAAAAACCAAAAAUUACAAUCAAUCAAUGUAUAGUGUUAGAUAUACCAUUUACAGGACAAGCUACUAAAGUUUUUGGUAAAAGACUUCGAAAUUUAGCCAAGGCAGUCAGACCAAAUACAGUUUUGUUAACGGUUCCUCGUCCACCACCAGCCGUUAGAGAUAGUUUUCAUAAUAAAGAUCCAAUUCCAAAAGAUAUUCAAUCCAAAUUAGUCUAUAAAAUUGAAAAGUGUGAUUGUGAAUCGGUCUAUGUUGGAAAAACAGACAGACAAGCUACAAGACGUUUUGGAGAACACGGACACAUAUCAAAUUUAUUGAAGUCGAGCAUGAAAGAAAAACCUCCUCCU